AUGGAGGAAGAGAGAGAUGAAUCGAGGAAAAGCAGGAAGGAGAGGGAGAUGGAAAGGCGGCGUCUAAGGGACAGAGAGAGAAGACAGUCUAUGAGCCAAGAUGAGAGGGAAAGGCAUUUAGCUCGGCGCCGCAAGAACUACCAGCUACGAAGGCAGAGAGCUGAGGUAAGCCGUAUUGGCUCUCAGAUCCAAGAUAUCACCGCAGGAGCUCGAGGCAACCAGUUGGCAGUGACCUCACCUCUUCAUUCCGGAGACAGCAGUACUGUCCCGUUGGUUGAUUCUGAUCAGAGUGUGGGAAUACCAGUGGAGGAGUUGGUUAAACUGGUGGGGACGAUACGGCUUAGCCGUGUGAAACAUUUGGCGAGGACACUGAGAAAGUGGAGUACUACUACUGGUGCAGAAGCAAGCAGUAGUAAUAGUGUAGCAACAAACGCCAUGACAAGACGUGCAAUGUCAAGUGGGCUACGUCUGAGUCGAGUCAAACGACUGGUGCGAUCAAAGGGCCAGCAGGAAGGGUUGUUGUCACAACAUUCACCAGCACAAGGUUCGUUUAAAUAA